GGUUAGAUUCCUUUGAGGUAUACUGUAUCACAGCCAAAGAAAACAAAAGACGUAAAAAAAAAGAGAAGCCAUGUCCCUUCUACAAAUCAAUAACGCUGUUCCACUGAUGGAACCCUUGAUAGAACAGAAAACAGGGGAAGAUACCAAACGAACAAACMGAGAUUUUAGCGUUAACCGCACAAAAUUUGCUUUCCUUGGAGUGAUUACRGGGUUUUUYAUCCAAGUUAUCUCGCUAGGAGCGUAUGCCUUCCUUCUGGUUCACUAUCGGGAYGUUCCCCUUGAGUUGUCGGAAGAUGGUUUCCAGACCGAUGCCGCAUUCCUAACAGAGAGCGGAUUCUUUCGCACACCGACGAGUAGCGAAAACGACGAAGAURAUGACGCCAUGUUCGGAACCAAAACGUUCCUCUACGCUAUUGUAUCGGUACUGACGCAAAUUGAUCUCAUCGCCUACGUAUUUAUUUGGGUGGCCUUCACCUGCACCAUGACACACAACGGAAUGGCCUGCAUUCGAUCCCAGUUCUUUGGUCAACCCCAACAACAGUUUGACGAGGAAGAUUGCAAUAAACAACGCAACAAAAACAGCAAACUAAUCAAGCGACGAGAUAUCUUUGUUUCUGGGGUUUGCUUUUUGGUGGGAAUUGUUCUYGGAGCAUUUGCUGCCUGGUCUGCCAUUGACCUUUACCUUGGCUUCCCAAUUCCCUUCAAGCCGAUUAUUUCCACAGUGGUGGUUGAUUUGAUGCUCUGCUAUCUCAUGGUAUGGUGCUACGAUCUGGGGGGCAAGAAAAAAGGGAAUGAAGGAUCGAAAGAUAACGAAGAGGACGAGGAMGAGGACUGCCAACAAGAAAUUUGCUGCUAGAUGAAUGAAUCGACUCAUUCCGUCAACCCYACGCCCAUCAAUGACACGAGUCAUAWAAUGAUCGAUUACCAAACAGAUUUCUGGUUUCACUAUGCUUUUUGGAAGAAAUUUGACAGCAAGAUGACUUCUAUUUCAAGAAUAAUUUUAUAGUAUUUGUAURCUUGUACGUUGUGGCGCUUGUUUCUACGGAGAGUAUUGCUGCUAUUGUCGUCUUAUGAUGGAUUCCUUUGAUUUUUAUUCCGGUGGCAAUUAGCAGAUUGAGCCAAAACAAAUCAUUUCACCACUUCCUUGAUACUAUUCAGAUCGUGUURAAUUGGUGGGACGCCGUAAAGAAAAAAAGCGCUUCUUACCUACUCUGUUGCCAAGGCCACACAACAUACACUUCGAUAGCCCAACUAUUGUUUGAGUACGACAACUCUUUGCUCACUUCAAUUCAAUUCACGUGGACRUUUAUURACUUAAUUACUGAGUAGAAGGUYAUGUCGUAUGUCCUUUUAAUCAGCCACACAGCCUCUUUGAAAGUCAAAGACGGCCGGUUCACCGGCGUUGUAUUUCGCRAUGAAUUGAUUUAUGCUAUCCAAAAGUUCCCAGUCUCGACAAGCAAUAGGAGGGAGGUUACUGUUUAAUAAAUCAUCAGUGAAUAGAUACUCAAAGCUGGCUCGUACGUCCAGGGGGGUCGCUUGGAUGGGCGAGGCGAAAUGGCUAGUAAUGACACGAUCGUAGUCCCACUUCUUGUACCUUUCGUUUCCAUUUGCGACAGUCGAAGUUGUUGUUUGUGUUUGCUCCAAUAUCCAAUCUCGGACGGCCCCGGGAGCUCGAGCAUCAACUACGGCACGCAAAAUGGGAGCCCGUGCUAGUCGAUCGACGACGGCCUCGUAACCGGGAUACUUAUUAUUGGGUCCCUUGCGGAGAGGCAAAAAGACGGCCUGUAACACGCUUUUUGGCCAGAAUUCUGGAUCGCCCUUGAUAACGGUAUCUUCGUCAAAAUACGUUGACAAAAUGCUACUCGGCUCACUAGGAACAUAAACUACAGCGUCUGUGGUUAUAAGUGUCUUCGAGGGCCGGUGGCAAAAGGCAACCUCGGAUACUGGGCCUGCAUUUUUCGGAAGAUUGACGUAAAGAGUAGCAAUAUCAAACUCAUCACUCCACGGUGGUGGAGGGCUUCUCUCGUCACCAAAAAUCCCAUCGACGUGGUAACCCAUUCUAGGCUUCUCCAACAAGCUGGUGCCACAACUCCCUUUUUUAUAGUAUUGAAAGGAGAAAAACGCGAAAGAACAUCAGUGGAGGUCAGAUUAUACGAAAAUAAAGGGCAUUGAUUCAC